AUGGUAAAUGAAAGCAAAAACAUGUACAUCCCGGAGGACACCCUUGAGAACCAUCAAGGCUCCGACUACUCUCCCCCUCCCCCCCUUCCUCCCCCUGGCCUGACCAACGAGCACAGUGGCGGUGGUAGCCACGGCGAUCAUGGUGGAGGAGGGGGCGGGGUCAACCACGGGCUGGGCGUGGUGGGCCUGGCCCCGGAGCACAUGGCCACACCUGGGGCGGCCCUGAGCUGGCAGGCGGCAAUCGACGCUGCACGGCAGGCGAAGAUAAUGGGCAACGCCGCAUCAAGCGUAGGGGCAGCGCUUGGGUCGGGAGGGGGCGGGCCCAUCUCCACGGCCAGCUCCACGCAAAGGAAGAGACAACACUAUAGCUCUAAGCCCAAGAAACAGACAACAACAACAGCCACAAGGCCGCCACGGGCCCUACUCUGUCUCACACUCAAGAACCCCAUUCGCCGGGCCUGCAUCAGCAUCGUAGAGUGGAAACCAUUUGAAAUCAUCAUCCUGAUGACCAUUUUCGCCAACUGUGUGGCCUUAGCCGUCUACAUCCCCUUCCCUGAGGACGACUCAAACGCCACCAACUCCAACCUGGAGCGUGUGGAGUAUCUGUUCCUCAUCAUUUUCACGGUGGAGGCUUUCCUGAAGGUAAUAGCCUACGGCCUGCUCUUCCACCCCAACGCCUACCUGAGGAACGGCUGGAAUCUGCUCGACUUCAUCAUCGUAGUCGUAGGGUUAUUCAGUGCGAUCCUGGAGCAGGCCACCAAAGGGGACGGGGCCACUCCUAUUGGAGGGAAGGCAGCGGGCUUCGAUGUCAAGGCUCUGAGGGCAUUCAGAGUACUCAGACCCCUCAGACUGGUCUCUGGAGUCCCCAGUUUACAGGUCGUGUUGAACUCCAUAAUCAAAGCCAUGGUUCCUCUGCUCCACAUCGCCCUGCUGGUCCUCUUCGUCAUCAUCAUCUAUGCCAUCAUCGGCCUGGAGCUCUUCAUGGGCAAGAUGCACAAGACCUGCGCUCACGAGCAGACAGGCAACAUUGCGGACAAAAAGCCGGCACCGUGUGCACCUGAUGGAGCUUACGGUCGACAUUGUAACCACAACGGAACAGAGUGCAAAGUGGGAUGGGAGGGCCCAAACGACGGCAUCACCAACUUUGACAACUUUGCCUUCGCCAUGUUGACGGUGUUCCAGUGUAUAACCAUGGAGGGCUGGACGGAAGUGCUGUACUGGGUAAAUGAUGCAGUAGGGUACAGGUGGCCCUGGGUGUAUUUUGUCACGUUAAUCAUCAUCGGAUCCUUCUUUGUGCUAAACUUGGUUCUGGGGGUAUUGAGCGGAGAGUUUUCCAAGGAGAGGGAGAAGGCCAAGGCACGUGGUGACUUCCAGAAACUCAGAGAAAAACAGCAACUGGAGGAGGACCUCAAGGGCUAUUUAGACUGGAUCACUCAGGCUGAAGACAUUGACCCAGAGAAUGAAGAGGAGGGCAUGGACGAUGACAAACCUAGAAACCUGAGCAUGCCAGCCAGUGAGAACGAAUCCGUCAACACAGAUAACGCCCCCGGGGGAGACGUGGAGGGGGAGACCUGCUGUACCCGGCUAGCAAAUAGGAUCUCCAAAUCCAAGUUCAGUCGAUACUCUCGGAGGUGGAACAGGCUGUGUAGGAGGAAGUGUCGGGCAGCGGUCAAAUCACAGGUUUUCUAUUGGCUGGUCAUCUUCCUGGUUUUCCUCAACACUCUGACCAUCGCCUCUGAACAUCACCAGCAGCCUCAGUGGUUAACGGAUGUGCAAGACAUUGCCAACAAGGUGUUGCUCGCACUCUUCACUGGUGAGAUGCUGUUGAAGAUGUACAGUCUGGGUCUGCAGGCGUACUUCGUUUCCCUCUUUAAUCGCUUCGACUGCUUCGUAGUUUGUGGCGGAAUUCUUGAGACCAUUCUGGUGGAAACUAAGGUCAUGUCUCCUCUCGGCCUCUCUGUGUUACGUUGCGUACGCUUGCUGCGAAUCUUCAAAAUAACCAGAUACUGGAACUCCCUGUCCAACCUGGUGGCGUCCCUGCUAAACUCUGUUCGCUCCAUCGCUUCCCUGCUGCUCCUGCUCUUCCUCUUCAUCAUCAUCUUCUCCCUGCUGGGGAUGCAGCUUUUCGGGGGGAAAUUCAACUUCGACGAGACCCGACGCAGCACCUUUGACAACUUUCCCCAGUCUCUGCUCACUGUGUUUCAGAUCCUAACAGGAGAGGACUGGAACUCUGUGAUGUAUGAUGGUAUCAUGGCGUACGGUGGACCGUCCUUCCCCGGCAUGCUGGUCUGCAUCUACUUCAUCAUCCUCUUCAUCUGCGGAAACUAUAUCCUACUGAAUGUCUUCUUGGCCAUCGCUGUCGACAAUCUGGCAGACGCUGAAAGCCUUACAUCCGCCCAGAAAGAAGAGGAAGAGGAGAAGGAGAGGAAAAAACUGGCCAGGUUGGCUAGUCUGGAGAAGCGUCAUGCCAACGAGAAGCUGCCUCUGGAGGAGAAGAAGAAGGAGAAGAAGAAGAAGAAGAAGAAGGAGAAGAUAGAGCUGAAGUCCAUCACUUCUGACGGAGAGACCAACACUGCUACUAAGAUCAGCAUGGAUGAAAGUGAAGAGAAAAACCCAUAUCCUGCCAAUGACUACAUAGGAGACGAUGAGGAGGAGGAGCCAGAGAUGCCAGUGGGCCCGAGGCCGCGGCCACUCUCCGACAUUCAAUUGAAGGAGAAGGCCAUUCCUAUGCCUGAGGCCCGCGCGUUCUUCGUCUUCAGCCACAAUAACCAAUUCAGGGUUCUGUGCCAUAAGAUCGUCAACCACAACAUCUUCACCAACCUCAUCCUCUUCUUCAUCCUGCUCAGCAGCAUCAGUCUGGCAGCAGAGGACCCAGUCAAGAAUGACUCCUUCAGAAACCAGAUCCUAGGCUAUGCAGAUCAUGUCUUUACUGGACUCUUCACCAUAGAGAUCAUUCUUAAGAUGACAGCCUAUGGGGCCGUCCUCCAUAAAGGGUCAUUCUGUAGAAACUAUUUCAAUAUUCUGGACCUGGUGGUUGUGAGUGUGUCCCUCAUCUCCUCUGGAAUACAGUCCAGUGCGAUUAAUGUGGUGAAGAUCCUGAGAGUUCUGCGAGUGCUCAGACCACUGAGGGCCAUCAACAGAGCUAAAGGACUAAAGCAUGUAGUGCAGUGCGUGUUUGUGGCCAUCCGGACCAUCGGCAACAUCGUCAUCGUCACCACGUUGCUCCAGUUCAUGUUCGCCUGUAUUGGAGUGCAACUCUUUAAGGGCAAGUUCUUCUCCUGCACCGACAGCUCCAAGCAAACCUAUGCAGACUGCAGGGGUUCCUACAUUAUGUAUAAGGAUGGUGAUGUGGGGAAGCCGGAAAGAGCCCAGAGAUUGUGGGAGAACAGUGACUUUAACUUUGACGAUGUCCUGCAAGGCAUGAUGGCCUUGUUUGCUGUGUCUACCUUCGAGGGCUGGCCAGGGUUACUGUACCGGGCCAUAGACUCUCACGCUGAGGACGUCGGACCCGUCUACAACUACCGCGUGGUCAUCUCCAUCUUCUUCAUCAUCUACAUCAUCAUCAUCGCCUUCUUCAUGAUGAACAUCUUCGUCGGUUUCGUCAUCGUCACAUUCCAGGAGCAAGGAGAGCAAGAAUAUAAGAACUGUGAGCUGGACAAGAACCAGCGUCAAUGUGUGGAGUAUGCUUUGAAGGCACGUCCGUUGCGUCGCUACAUCCCCAAGAACCCCUACCAGUAUAAGGUGUGGUAUGUGGUCAACUCCACCUACUUUGAGUACCUGAUGUUCACACUCAUCCUUCUCAACACCAUCUGCCUGGCCAUGCAGCAUCAUGGACAGACCAAAAAUUUCAACGAUGCCAUGAACAUCCUCAACAUGCUCUUCACGGGACUCUUCACUGUGGAGAUGAUCCUCAAACUGAUCGCCUUCAAACCCAGGGGGUACUUUAGUGAUCCCUGGAAUGUGUUUGAUUUCCUCAUCGUAAUUGGCAGCAUAAUAGACGUCAUUCUCAGUGAGAUCAACCCAGCUGACACGUCCUCGUCUUCCACCUCUUCGCCCUCCUCCUCCUCUUCCUCCUCUCACCCCCCUGUGGUAAGGCCAAUGGUACGCUCCGACGGUAACCUCGUCCGCCUCCCUACCUCCUCCACCAUCCCUCCAUCCCUCCAUCCUUCCAUCCUUCCUUCUGCUACGCCACCCAUGGGACUGCAGAACUCUGAAGAGAACGCCAGGAUCUCCAUCACCUUCUUCCGGCUGUUCCGCGUGAUGAGGCUGGUGAAGCUGCUGUCUCGCGGGGAAGGGAUUCGGACCCUGCUGUGGACCUUCAUCAAAUCCUUCCAAGCUCUGCCCUACGUAGCUCUGCUUAUAGUGAUGCUAUUCUUCAUAUACGCUGUCAUCGGCAUGCAGAUGUUUGGUAAGAUAGCGCUGCGGGACGGCACGGAGAUCAACAGGAACAACAAUUUCCAGACGUUCCCUCAGGCAGUCCUGCUACUCUUCAGAUGUGCAACAGGUGAGGCAUGGCAGGAGAUCAUGCUGGCUUGCUCGCCUAAUCGGCCGUGCGAGAAAGGGUCAACCAAUGAGAACAACUCGGCCCACGAGGACUGUGGCAGCCAGUUUGCCAUCAUUUACUUUGUCAGCUUCUACAUGCUCUGUGCCUUUCUGAUCAUCAACCUGUUUGUGGCCGUCAUCAUGGACAACUUUGACUACCUGACACGUGAUUGGUCAAUCCUGGGGCCGCAUCAUCUUGACGAAUUCAAGAGGAUCUGGGCUGAAUAUGACCCGGAAGCCAAGGGGAGGAUAAAGCACCUGGAUGUGGUGACUUUGCUGCGGAGAAUCCAGCCUCCCCUGGGCUUUGGGAAGCUCUGUCCACACAGAGUGGCCUGCAAGCGUCUGGUGUCGAUGAACAUGCCUCUGAACAGCGAUGGAACAGUGAUGUUCAACGCCACACUGUUUGCCUUGGUCAGAACCGCACUCAGGAUCAAGACGGAUGGUAACCUGGAGCAGGCGAAUGAGGAACUGAGGGCGAUAGUGAAGAAGAUCUGGAAGAGAACCAGCAUGAAGCUCUUGGAUCAAGUAGUGCCCCCUGCUGGAGAUGAUGAGGUAACAGUCGGGAAGUUCUACGCGACAUUCCUCAUCCAGGAAUAUUUCCGCAAGUUUAAGAAGAGGAAAGAACAAGGGCUGGUGGCCAAGGUGGCCCCCAAAACAGCCCUUUCUCUGCAGGCGGGCCUGCGGACAUUACAUGACAUUGGUCCAGAGAUCCGGAGGGCCAUCUCUGGAGACCUGACCGUGGAGGAGGAGCUGGAUAAUAAAGACCUGAAGGAGCCUGUGUCGGCUGCAUCCGAGGACGAUAUCUUCAGGCGUACGGGUGGGUUGUUCAGCAACCACGUCAACUACUACAACCAGAGCGAUGGCCGCAGUUCCUUCCCACAGUCCUUCACUUCCCAGCGUCCCUUGCACAUCAGCCAGAAGGGCUCCCCUUGCGAAGGCGAGAGCCCGUCCCACGAGAAGCUCAUGGACUCGACCACUUUCACCCCUUCCUCUUACUCUUCGUCAGGCUCCAACGCCAACAUCAACAACGCCAACAACACAAGCAUGGUCGGGGUGACGACCCAGGGCAUCAGUCGAUUCCCGAGCCCGUCCAUAAGCACUGUGGACGGGCACACAGGACAGCCGCUCACCCCCAUCCUGCUGCCGAGAUCAGCAUGGUGCUUCCCUCCAAAGAGCUCGGACUCAAGUGACAGCCACCUGCCAAUCAUCCGAAGAGGCGAGGAGUCAACGGAGGAGACGUAUGACGAGAGCUACGGCGACGACAGGAAGUACCUCGAGGACGACCACUCGCUCUCCUCUGACAUGCUGGUGUAUCAUGAUGAAACAUGUAAGCAGUUGACUCCCAUGGAGGAAGGAGAGGAGGUAGAAGACAGAAGAGGAGGAGGAGAGUGGCAGUCUCCCAGGAGAGUCUUCCUCUGCCCCACUUCUCUGGGGCGGAGAUCGUCCUUCCAUCUCGAGUGUCUGAGGAGACAGUCAAGGCCGGACGUCUCCCAGAAGACGUCUGUACCGCUCCACCUUGUACAUCAUCAGGCUCUGGCAGUGGCAGGAUUGAGCCCUCUGCUAAGACGGAGUCACUCACCUACCCUCUUCAGCCGGCUGUGCUCCACGCCUCCAGCCAGUCCCACAGCCCGUGGCAGUGACCCCUCCUACCAGCGAGUGCCCUCUCUGAGGCUAGUGGGCUCCUGCUCCCAUGAAAAGCUCAACACCAGCUUGCCCUCUGUCAACUGUGGGCCCUGGUACAACGACAGUAAUGGGAAUAGCCGAGAUCCCAGUCCUAGCCCCACCCCCAGGGGGUCCAAUCAAAGACCACCACGGCCGGUGUCGCUCACAGUGCCCUCGCUACUGGGAAAAGACUCCAGCUCACUGUGUCACGGCAGCGCAGGGAGUCUGGUGGAGGCGGUGCUAAUAUCAGAGGGUUUGGGUCAUUUCGCCCAGGACCCGUCGUUCAUCGAGGCGACUAAAGCCGAGUUGGCCGACGCAUGCGACAUGACUAUCGAAGAGAUGGAGCAGGCCGCCAACAACAUUCUCAACGGCAACACCGCCACGAAUGCCACAUCCAGUACCUCCUCCACCUCCCAGCACAGCCCCAACGGCAACCUCCUCCCCUUCCACACAGCAGCAGCAGCAACGCACAGGGAACGAGUGGUCAGCGAGGGCGAGGAAGAAACUGGAGGAAGCAGAGGCUCCCUCCAUGAGCCAUCUUCGGAAGAGGAGCGGCAGGAGCUGCUAGCAGGUGGGAGGGGACGAGAAGAGGAGGAGGAGGAAGAGGCAGGAGGGACGGAGGAGGGGCAGCACAGAAGCUCGGUUGUGAUUGGAGGAGCGCGGCAGAGGAACAGCGGGCUGUUGGAGGACGAGGAUAUGGAGUGUGUGACGAGUUUGUAGGAGUCGGAUUGACGGGUUCCAUUGGCCAACUGGCCCCUCUGACAUCAUCAGAGACUGACGUUUGUCAGUGCUGGGUAACAGCGCCGAGGCUGGCUCUGUCUGUCCCCGCCCCUCUCACACACACACACUGUCUGCCUCUCUGCCAGACGUAACCGCUCUGGACAAUGGCGGCCAGUGACGCAACCUUAAACACCUGGUUAUGACUUUGUUGGUUUGUAUGUGUGUGAAUGUUUGUAGUCAAGUAUACCACACUAUACUCUAUACUAUCUGAGUGUAUGCUUGUGUGUCUGUGUGUGUGUGUGUGUGUGUGUGUGUGUGUGUGUCUGUGUGUGUGUGAUCUAUGAUUUUCUCUAUUUGUACGUGAGUGCGUGUGUUCUCCACACGUGUCUGAGUGUGUCUCUAAAGUGCCUCACAGUUUUAUCAUGUCCUCAAAGUGUGAAGAGCCGAAAAGUAGAGAAAAGCAAAAAAAGCCAGGGGAACGUAGGAUGGAGGAACGGUAGAAAGGAAGCAGGAAGUCUUUUUAUUGAUUUCCUGCAGUCGACAUAGUGUGAUAAUUGUUUUCAUUUCCUAUGCCUACUUUGGUGUCGUGUUAUUGUUGUUUGUCUGGCCGCCAUGAAGCCAGGUAGGGGACAGCAGACCAGCUUGUGGGGGGGGUCAGUUAAGGAUUUAAAUCUGACCGCACCCACUUGUGGUCAAAGGUCAACUCCUCCUUCUUGGUUCACUGAUGAUGAAGCGCUGUAUUGAGUAAACGGGGGCGAGGAAAACCCUGUUUGAAAUCUCAUUUCUCUUCCUCUUCCAAAGCUAAGGAACCUUGGAGCACAGCCCUGCCAGCCUGGGGGUGGGAUUAAGGUGACACAUCACCCCAUUUGAGGGAUGGACCAACAGCCACAACAGGGCUUCUGUAAGGGGCUACAGGCAUAGAGAGACACUCUCUGGCCAACAGGAAGCUAGCCAGCUCAUUUAUCCGCUGGUCAGUAAGAUGCCAGCGUGAAACAAACUCACCUUGUCUGUCACCUUGAUCUGGCUUCGCCUCCUCCGCCACUUUUCCUUGUUUGGCCACGCCCACUUCCUGCCCCAAACAGGAAAUGGGAGGAGCAUUUGGUGGCUAAGCAGAGACAGCGAGCCCUCGUUUCUGCCUCAUACCUCGCCGUAACUCACUCCUCCCUCUCUCCUUCCUCCCUGCUCUUUGGUUAUUCCACCAUACCUCUCCCUCCCUCGCUGGGUUUUUUGCUUUUUUCAGCCCCUUGGGAGGCGAGUGUGUCGAACAGGGCAACAGAGACGGAGGGUGGAGGAGAGAACGGGAGUGACCGAUUGAAAAGAAAACAGACUCUGGGCAUGGAUCUACAGAGGAUCUGUCCGUCAAUCAACCUCACUUUCUUCUCCAAGACCCUCCUCUUCCUCUCAGCGUGGAAUCCUAUUGGAUUUGCUGCCACACACUCUCCCUACAGACCACGCCCACUAUGUAUUUAACAGUUGAUUAUUGUGCAAAACUGGCUAGCCAUGACUAUUUUGUUUUAAAUUCAUGAUGUUAUUGGUUUAAUUUAUCCUUGAUUUGUUUGCACAAUCAGGGUGCUGGUCUUAUAAAUGUAUUUUUGCUCGGUUUAUUUUAGGAGAAUUUUAAGAGGUUUUAAGUAUCGAAGCAGGGCGUAGUGUUUGCGUACGAGUGUAUAACUAUAUUUGUGCGUGCGGGCGUGUGUCUGUGUUUUAGUACAGGAUGUAUGCAUGUACGAAUGUGUGAGAUUGCGUGUGUAUCUAAAAGGGGGGGUCUUUCUCUCGAUCAGUAUGCACCUUUUACAGAUUGUAUCUAUUUAUUUAUUUAUUUUUCCCAGAAGAGAAAAAAAUGUGCGUUAGGGUGUGUGUGUGUGUGUGUGUGUGUGUGUCCGAGUGGUUACUUAUGUAUUCUAAAAAGCUGAUUUUAAGCCUAGACAGUAAAUUAAGGUAGCAUUUACAAGUAUGGUAUUGUGUGAGGGUGUGUGUGUGUUUGUGUGUGUGUGUGUGAGUGAGUGUGUGAGUGAGAUAAUGGGCCUCCUUAACACAGGGUUACCAUGGACAGGCAUGCUUCCAAAGCUUUGUGAUUUCUUUAGCACGGUUUUUACUUUUUCGCCAAGCUGCAGAGUCAGAAGCCACUCUUAUCUUUGAAAAUGAGUCAUCAUAUAACUUUUCUUUAUUUCUCUGUCUAGAGGCAAUCGGGCGUACGGUCUCCAGCGAGGUCAGAGUGACGGUUAAGUUUACAAAGGUGAUGAGUUUCGGCAUUGCAGCUUGGCCAGAAGGGAAUAAGCCUUUUGGCAAUUGCUGCUUUUCUUCUUUAUGGUGGAUGGUUGCUUUGAAUGGUAGAAGCACCAAAUUCGCACUGCCACAGCGGCGCCUCACGGAUGAACUUGGGUGACGCCCUGAUCGCUCGGCUGUAACACACCAUUAUCACAUGAUUUCAUCAUUUAAUCGUAGUUUUAACUCCAAACGAACUAUUAGGGCUGGUUUACAGAUGCUGCAAGACUUCUGAAACACAUCUCUUUCUCUGAGUCUGCUCAUAUCACAAAACAUUAUGAUUUAUUGUCAUUGUUAGAAAUAAAACAGCUCCCAUUUACUUUAAAACAAAGUAUACUACAGACAGGUCAUUUACUGUCAAUUGAUAAGAUGUGAUAAUUGUUCGGUUAACGUGAUAAAUCAUUGGAUAUAGAUCAGAAAACUGUCGGCUUGGAGAGAAGUUGCGUCCUGGAUGAUCCCCUGGUGUGAUUUUUGUCUUUUCAUUUCUUCUAAUGGCUUUUAGGUAGCAUGCUGACAACUCUUUACUGACCUUUCUCAAUUAUAGUUUGGAUUCACUUGAGAUAAGGUGUGACCACAGGAUGCCACAGCCAGUUAUGGACCUCAGGCCUCAGUACAUUACACAGGGCACGGGUCUCACCUUGGUAUUGAAUCUUCUCCAAAAUAAAAAAGCAUUCCUAAUGUCACAUCACAUCCUUGGUGCCAAUUGUCACAACUUUAUAGUAAUUAAUGAAAUGAAAUGAUUUCAUUCAGCUCUCAGCUCAAAUGUCAUGUAACAAGUGAUGCUAUAGCCACUGAAAUUGUUGUCACCACCACAAUCCAGAUGCAAAGUCAGCUGGACACUAGGCUCACCAGACCAGUGCUCACAUGCAGAUGCAUCUCAGUGAAUACAGUCGGGAAAUAUUUCCUAAGAAAGUCAAUUUCAUGUUAGGGUUAGAGCAUUUUAAACUGAAACUCUUAUUAGCUCUAAAGAAACUCCAAAUAUGUUGCAAUAUAUUUUUAUCUCUAAAAAUUCUCCCUUUAAAAGAUAUUGAAUUUCCACCCAGAGACACUAUCCCACGUCAACUUAGAGCCAUUUGUUUUCUCGUUAAUUUACCGUUAAGGACUCGUACGUGUUAAGCAGAGCAGGUUUGUGGCAGGGAAGGGUAUGCAUGAACACACUGCCAUACACUGCAUCCUGUGCCAGUAACAGACUUCUGACAUUAUUAUGCAAACUAAAUGUGAAUCUUGAACGUAUUUUUAGUGGCAGUGCUAUUGUUGUUUUGUGGUGACGAUCAUGCUGCGAACCCCCCCGAGGAAGUCUGUGUUGUCAAAGGAACACCCUCCCUGACAUUUAGUCUGUUUCUUUCUUUUCCUUUCUUCCUUCGAACUCAUAAAACAUCUUCAGCAUUUCUUCCUUUCUUUCAGUUACUCUAAAAUCACCACCUCGUUAAAAUAGUACUUGGUACCAUAAGCUCACAUCAGUUUCAGUAUAAGCUGCUUUUUAGUUAGGAAAGCAGAUUUAAUUAUAGUCCAAAAAGUUCAUGUGUGUGUGUGUGUGCAAGGAAGCAUCUGGGUUGUAACCUUAAAGUUAGCACAAUGUCACUUUGUGCUUUGGUUUUUGUUUCCUCACUUUGUUGAAUCCGCCCAAGUAAAGUUUAUUUAACCCCAAAUUUAAAAAGACAUAAUUAGACGUCCUCUUGGUUAUUUAAGCCGAUUUACUUGAUAAACCUAAUGUCGAUUAGGUCUAAAUCCUCACUAAUAAAUGUAACCAGCAGGCAGCUGAAAUAUAAAAGUAGUAAGUGUUUGCAUCCAAGCUGCUACAGAGGAGCCAGCGAGUCCGUCUGCUUUCUAUCAGCCAGUUUAACAGCUGUGAAUGUUGCGCUCUCAAGGCAGUUUAAUGAAUGACAACAGUGUGAAACAAUGAAUUAUCCAACUUGUCAGACUUGACCAAGGUAAAGACAGGAUGGGAACAUUUCCACAAUCGAUCAUCACGGCUUUAAGAUGAAUUAUCUAUAGAUGCUUAGCGUUCCCUCCAGCUUUGAGGAUAAAAGAUCAUAGAUAAUGCAUACGUGCACUCAGAAACUACACUCUUUUACUUUUGUGUUCCUAUUAAAUGUCCACUUAGACACAUUUAGAGCGACCUUGCGUAUCAGAAGUGCAGAUCAGGGCUUUGUUGUCUGUUCAAAUGCUGGCGAGAGAGAUUCAGAGGCCUGUGGCGCCCCCGUGUGGAGAGUUUAUGUUACAGGAACUAUGAGUUGUGCUGCAGUAUAUGGUGGGUGUAAUCCUGCAUCCCACAAGAUAUGCAAAAACAAUGCAAUAACUAUAACUGUAUUCAAGGUUCCCGAGAAAAAUAUCACGACGAUGUUUAUAUUUUUUUCCUGUUUGUCACAUUUCGCAGUAAACUCAGUGGUUUCCAUGCCAGAGAAACCUAACAUACUUGAAAUCAGGUACAUGGCAGUGCAGUAAACUAAAGAUGUAUUUAUUUAUCUUUCUCAUGCCGGAGCGUUGGAUCCGCGGUCUAAAAUAUGUAUUGAGACAUCGACGUGAAACUGGUGUUUUUGCCCGGGCUUUAACAUCCAGUGUAUUCCCACAAUGAAACAGAAUGCAGCAACUUCACCUCCCUGACUCAAUAUGCGUUUGACUGCAUCCCUUUCUCCUGUUUAUUUCCAGUUAGUUUGUAAAUGCAUUGAGCUACCUGAGUGUACCAUCAGUAGCGCCUGAGCUUCACAUGUUGACAUUGAGCGUGCCAGGUUGUGCAAUCGUUUUGAUCAGGUUAAGUAUCACAUCAUGACAGCGUAGCUAUUUCAGUGUACUUAUGGUUAAAUUCACUAUUUCUUCUCUAGAUAAACGUCAGACCGUGCACAGCAGUGGAGGGAUAUUUGGAAGGUGAUUUUGCAUAUCUUGUGUCUUAUGAGCUCUUAGUACAUGUUCUGAUUGAGAGAUCAUGUUCAUAUGAUUGUCCAACGUUGAGAGAAAAGGCAAACUACAGUAUUUUUACUCCCCAGGUUAGAAUAGGUGUCACUUAUUCUUAGUCUCCGUCUUCAACUUGUAUCUUUUCCUCGUCUGUGGAGGAUGGACCAGCGGGAAAAACGUGUAUGAAAUGGACCAAACUACCCAGAAUUAGUAGUUUUUUUAUAAAACAUAUUGGUGGAUUGAAAUCAGGCAGGAGCUUCAUAGCACAUACACAUGAUACACACUUGAACAUCAACUUAAAAUCCACAGGUUAAACUGAAGCUGUGUCCCGGCUCCAUGCAAACAAUUCUGAGCAGGUUUAGAGUAAAAACACUUAAGUGAUUAACUUAAGUAAACAUAUAUAAGGGGGGCUCGCAAGAUUUAAAGAUGAACGGUAGAAACUGAUGCAGCAGAGGCAGAGAAAAUAUAUCUUAAAUACUACAUUUCCAAUAAUAACAAUCUCUUCUUUAGACACUCCCUGCCUACAUCUUUUAAACUAUAUAGCCUCUUAAACUAAUUACAGAUGGUGGCGACAGACAGAAACGGCCUUAGUGUCAUUUUAUAGUCACAUUGUAGUACAACAUGGUUAAGUGUGCUGGUUUCUUGUAAACCAAAUGCACAAACAUACUACAAAGAUUGGUAUAUAGUUACAUUGUAUACAAGUAGUGUGCAAUAUGGAAUUGGAACACAGCACUAGUGUGUUUGUUGUCCCUUUCAACAGCUGAUAUUUUUUGUCUAAUUAGCAGAAAAAAGGUGCAACUAAUAACCUUAAUCAUGGCGCGUGCGUGUGUGUGUGUGUGUGUGUGCCGGUAAACCAGCGUGCAUCAAAGCACAGCUGUGGAGCUGUAGCCUCUAUUAAUGAUAUUAGUUGUAUGUGUGUUUAUGUCGCUGGAGAUAGUAGCCAGUUCAUCAGGCUGAUGAGCUGCAGCUGUGUCUACAGCCAGUUAGGCUCCGACCACACGGCUCUGAUUUAAAGGCUGCAGCGAAGUGAAAGCAGAGAUAGAGAGAGAACAAAGGCCUCGGGUGACAAUCUGUUGAUAACAAUAGGAAGCAGUGGGUGUUUGGUCUCAGUGAGAAUGUUGUGGGGGGGGGUUGUUGAAGGUUUUAUUUCAUCAUGUUCGCAUUUCAGGGUGGUCUAAGUUCAUACAUGGUGACUUAUUUAUCCAAGUGAUGUUUUAUGUGCAUGGGGUCUCUCUCUAGGGAUAUAAAGUAUAGGUCCUAUGUGAAUGAUAAUACCUUACGUCUCACCACUAGCCAAUGAUUGUAUAUUUUUAUACAACAUAUAGCAUAUUAUAGCAAGAAAUAUAUAAUAUUUAUCACCAGAAUGUUAGAGUAAGGAAGAGGCAGGACACUUAUUUGGGAAUGUAGUUAGUGAACUGUUGGUUAUGAACAUGUGUUAUUUAAGCCUACUGACUGAGGGUCAGUAAGAAGUUAUUGUAUAAAAGAAAAGUCCCACUUUACUGACUGUAUUUUUGACCAAAAGGAACCAGCAGGGAAUAAUGUAGUUCUAUUUACUGAAGAAGAAACAGUGUAUGUGUCAGCUGACGGCACGAUGGGCUUGGAUGAUUCCCAGACUGAGGCUCUUCAGUCUACACAAGUAUGGCUUCAUUUAAAUAUGAUUAGCUGCAUAACACAAAUAAUCAAAUACGGAAUUAACUACAGCUAAAACGCUUGGAAAUGUAUCCAUUCGCAGCGAUGUGACUCCAGAAGCAGGAGGCUCUUUGUCCAGGCCUUAAAGACACUACGGUUCAGAAAUGAAUGCGACAGAGAUCUGAAAUGUAACAUGCUUUUUGUUUUUUGUUGUGAGGUGAGCUGAAAUACAUUAACCUACCAGCAGCCUGUCAGUGCAGGUCAAAGUCUGGACAUUUUUCCUACUGUAGCACCGAGACACCAGUCUCUUUUUCACUAGUCCUACAUCAUCACACACAUACACACUGUACACUUUUUUCAAAUGCAUUGUUAAAGCUAUCAAAGACAUCAAACCAAAAAACAAUCCACCUAUCAAGGACUAGGUCUCUCUAUGCUUUGAGCCAUGAAAAUCAUGUAGCUUCAAUUUUUUUCUUCCAAGAAAGGAAUAAGAGGGCUCUACACGUGUAGAGAAAUUCUGAUUGAAUGCAGAGCGGGGAGUAAAGAAGUCCAGCGGCUGACCGACUCAAGGAUGUUUAAGGGUUUGUGCAGUAAGGGCGUUCAGAAAGUGUUUUAUGUUUGUGUGGAACAGCUGCUGUACAUGACGGAAUACAUUUCAAGCUGCUCAGUAUUAAGAAAAAGAUGUCAUCCAACAUGCUUUAACAAAAAUAGUAUUUUACACACGUACCAUUUAACAAAAGUAUUAAGAGUUGUGUAUUUAUCCUGAACUACACACAGAUGUGUUACUAUCGGAGCGUGUGAGGCUGUAAAGCAGGAGUCGUGUUAUUCUUCCUGUCUUGGUCACUCAGAUCUAACGUUGUUGCAACAGAUGCACCUUAUAUUUUCUUGUAAACCGAAGUGUUGGUUGAUCAUUGUUUGAUCCCGACACAAAUAUUUUAAGAGGACUAUUUUGAAUAUAGAUUUUAUUUUCCUUUUUUCCUAGGAAAAAUUCAGAGUAGCCUGUUGUCGUAGGAAUCUAACUAAAUCUAAUUACAACAUGAAUUCCCUUUUCUGGAGAAACAGUGACGUCUCUGGUACAGAUGGUAUUUUGACAAUAAUGCUGAUGGGAAAUGGAACUGAAAGAGAAAGAGGGAAUAUAUUAUGAAAUACAAGUUUAUAUUGCAAGUGUCUUCUAUUUUAAAUAUUAUAUAUAGAAAAAACUAUAUAUAUAUAUAUAAAUUAUAUGAUAUUAAAUGAUAGUUUGCAGAGGAUCAAAACAAAUCUUGUUCUUUGAGGGAGAAUGCCCAGAUCAGGUUCAGAGGUGCCAUAUUGUUAAACUCUACACGUGCUGGCGUUUUCUAUCCCUAACAUGAACCAAAUAGAAGUAGGAAUAACUUUAAAGGAUAGUUCCAUAUAACUGUAGCAGCAGCACCCCUCUGUGAACGUUUAGGAUGACUGUUAGUGUUGGAAGGACCUUGAAAGCCUCGUGUUGAUCACUCAUUCAUUCUUAUUCAUAUACUCGAAUAAAUCCAAAAAGGAAAUCCCUGUUUGCACAUAGUAGAAAAUCUGACAGAGAGAUCGCUCUGUGUGUUAAUGGAGAAGAACGCUGCACCCACAGCCUGUUGAUGGAGGAGAGGUGUUGUCUGUACCAGCUGGUGUUUCUAACGGUGACCUUCUGCAGGAUUUGACUUCAGCGAACAUCUCUCGGCUCUGGAGGUGUGGCAGCGGCUUUACGAUGCAGACUUACUGUCAGUGGUUCUGCUGGUGAAACAGCUCCUCCGUAGAUCCACACUGUCUGUGCCUCCCUGCAUCUGCUACGUCUCUCUAAAUGUCAUAAGACCUACUUAACAUUGCGGCACGAAUGAUGAACAGUUUCAUCCCUUGAAUGUACGACGCAGUGAUGCUCAUACUAGCGUAUUUACAUAUCUGGAAAAUCCACAUGAAGUAUUUGAAAGUUAGUUUGUGGUUUUGACUCGCUAAGAAAGCCUCACGUGACCACAAAGAGUUAGAAACCAACAGGUCUUGUAUGCCUGUGUGUGUGUGUAAAUGCAGCUUUAAUGAAUGAGAUGGCCCAUGUGAGAGCAGUGUCAUGUACAUUAUCAGUGUUUUCUUCCGUGAGUUAUUUCUUGCUGGUGUGGAAACGCCUCUUUAACAGCAUGCAGGCGUUACUACAUUUCUUUUUUUUUAACCCAGGCAGGGUGAUCCUGGCCUUCAGCCAGCCUGAUGACUCAAUGGCAGGGGAUCCACAGCUCCAUAUACAGUAGUGUUUAACCAAGGCUUUUCUGUUCAUUAUUUACUAGGUAAAUGCCAUGGCUAUGUGGCUCUGUUCUCCACUGGUCAGUAGUGUCUUAUGAUCUUGUCCGUAGUCUUAGUUCACUACUCAUGCAAAGUGUUAAAGGGCCUUCGACAGGUCGAGCUGUUUGUUUGUUUUUGUUGUUUUCUGUCCGAGAGAAGUCCGUUAUCAUUUGUACGGAGAGAGGUGUUCACACAGAGACCAAUUUGUUGUAAUAUUAGUAGUGACGCUACUGUUAAAUGUAGUAUUUAAUAACAGCACUAUUUAUGGUCAAAAAAUGAACUAGAGUGUGUUAUUGUACUUGCGGUAGCUUUGGAGGCAGGUGGUCAUUUUGUAACUGUUCUUUAACAUAAGCCACUCCCCCUCGACUGCGAGGGAUUUCAUUGGUCCUGAGGUUGCCAAGUGACACGGGCCCAACAUCACUUGGUUUCCUCAGUAACCAUUUGUCUCCUCGGUGACGCCUGCAUGGUCUCACAGUUGACGCUCCCUUUUUUCUUCUUCUUCUUCUUCUUCUUCUUCUUCUUCUUCUUCUUCUUCUGCUUCUCUUUCUUUUUUCUAAAAGGAGAGUUCUUGAUUUUCUUUCUUUUUUGUUCAUUCACUUCAUUUUACAUUUUAGAAAGGGAAAGAAUACAAAUGAAGUAAAUCAGAAUAUUAAUUCAAUCACUUUUUCUACUCCUAUUUUCAAUAAAAAGUGAAACGAAAAAAACCAAACAAAAAGUUGAUUUGUAAAUAAGUAAUGUACAGUUUGUAUCUGUAACUUGUCAGUCUGUCAUUGGUGACAGAGUCUGUCUUGCUUAUAACGCACGCUACCAGUAAAUAAAAAAAGGAAAAAGUAUAUUUAGACUGUAUGGUCCCUUGAAAGCAAGUUUUAAAUUAAUAUCUGAUGUAUAUUCCUGUAACAUUGCAUUUUUAUCUGAGGAAUGAUGUUAUUAAAAAAUUGCAAAUAAAUUGCAUUUCCUACA